AAUUUAUCUGACAUUUACAUAUUAUAUUGCUUUAUAAAAGCUGCCGCCAUUGCCUUUUGAAUUACAGAUAAACAAAUACAAUAUACAACAAGUAUGUUGAAAUGAAGGCCCUUCUCCAAAGAAAAGGGUAUAAUACAUUUUCUCUCUGUAAUUUUGUAUACAUUUUUUGUAUACAGGAGGACAACGUGGCAUGCGAGUGAAAUUCCGUACGCGCAUUAUAAUUCUAUUAAUUGGCAUUAUCGUGUUUACGGUUUGUCUCAUUGUUGGACCUCCAAACUCGAGAUGGUUAAUAGGUUGUUCUGAUGAAACGCUUUGCUCAGACGAAGGAGAACAUGGACUUGAAAAACACCAAAUUAGGGAUCCAAACGCCGGACUUAUGAUUGGAAUGAUAAAAGACACGGCAGACCAAAACAUGAGAGAUGAGGGGUACAGCAAGCAUGCGUUUAAUGAUCUUAUAAGCAGACGGAUUGGUAGUCACAGAGCAAUUCCAGAUACAAGGCAUGAAAGUUGCAAGAAAUUGACUUAUUCUGAUAAUCUUCCAACUGCAAGCGUUAUAAUUUGCUUUCAUAAUGAAGCUUGGUCUACAUUGUUACGUACGAUACAUAGUGUUUUGGAAAGAACACCAGAUCAUUUGUUACAGGAAAUAAUCUUGAUGGAUGACUUCAGCACAGAAGAACACUUAAGAGGGAGAUUGAAAGAUUACACGAAGAACUACAGUAAAAUCUCGAUCCUUCGCGCUGUUAAAAGGGAAGGUCUCAUUCGAGGCCGUUCUCUCGGGGCUUCUGUUGCAAAAGGCGAUGUCCUCGUGUUUCUGGACAGCCAUUGCGAAGUGAAUGUCGACUGGUUGCCCCCGUUGCUGGAGGAAAUAUUGAGAAAACGGGACACUGUUGUUUGUCCGAUAAUCGACAUCGUUAACCCCGACACGUUCCAAUAUGCCGCUUCACCUUUGGUCAAAGGUGGCUUCAACUGGGGGCUGCAUUUUCAGUGGGAACCAGUUGACCAAUCAACGUUCGUUUCGGAAGAGGAUUUCACAAAACCUAUCAGAUCACCGACCAUGGCAGGCGGGCUGUUUGCAAUUGAUAGAAAAUAUUUCAGAACCCUUGGAGGAUAUGAUGAUGGCAUGGAAAUUUGGGGCGGAGAAAAUCUUGAAAUUUCGUUUCGUAUCUGGAUGUGUGGUGGUCAACUGAAAAUCAUCCCGUGUUCACGCAUUGGUCACGUGUUCCGACAGCGCCGACCGUAUGGGCCGAACGGCAAAGGAGACACGAUGUCAUUCAACUCAAUGCGUGUUGCCGAGGUAUGGAUGGACGAAUACAAGAAACAUUUUUAUGAAACGAGACGCCAUUUAAAAGGCAACGAUUUUGGCGAUGUAAGUGCGAGGCAGGACCUACGACGGGCGCUCCAAUGCCGCUCAUUCAAAUGGUACUUGUACAAUGUCUACACUGAGUUAGAUGUACCUUCUGAACGCAAAGGAAGCAGUCUGAUAUGGCGUCGACCCAUCGCAAAGAAAACCGUGGUCGUCGCAAAUGGCAGGCUCGCCAACUUUCUUGGAAGUUGUUUGGAUACGUCUACGGAGUCAGUGGGAAACGACGCCGAUCUCAUUCUUCGCCCUUGUCGUGCUGUUCGUAUCAAGAACUCAUGGACUUUCGACGAUGCCCAGCAAUUAAAAUUGCGCCUGAAAUACUGUCUUGAUGUGAGAAAAUUUAACUUCCCGAAGCUUAGUAAAUGUCACGAAGACGGUGGCACUCAACAGUGGAUAUACACCAAGGAAACGAGAGCUCUUUAUCAUCCGGCAAGUGGGACAUGUCUGUCGCAAUCUCCAACAAACAAUGCAGUUAUGGCAAUUUGUAAUGAGUCGGAUUUAUCACAAAGAUGGGUGUUCCUCGACACGUAGUCCCUAAAUAUUGCUCUUGGAUACAUCGAGAUACAGUCAGAUAUAUGUACGCUUGUCGAGUCUGCUUGUUAUACGAAACAUCAUAGUUAGAGGUCAUAUGAUUCAAGUGUAUGAAAUCAAUUUAAUAUUGUGAUGGUGCUACUCUGAGUUACUAACCUGGCAAGCUGAAUUGUUGAAAAAUUACCUUGACCACGUUAGGAAUCGAACUUGCGACCUUUGGUUUGCUAGCUCUGACGCACACUGGUGAACUUUGCUCGCACACAUUUUACUGGUGACAAUUGUCAACUAUCUUCCAAGUCUGCGGGAACUAUAUCGAGAUAUUUUGUUAUUCGUGCUCAAUUUUGCGACACGAAUGACAGAAUAUCUCAAAUUAUCCCUCCAGGCUAGGAACAUGUGUAGGCGACAAUUGUCAGAGUGAACACAUGUACGACGACUGAACGACGGAGGUCGUUUUCAGUGAUUUUGCAUGCCAACGAAUUCCAGAAAAUAAUUUCUGCGGUUUUUGUGUUGGUUGGCCCUAAUUUAUAUUACUCGCGUGCAUGGGACAAGUCGACCACUUGUUUAAUAAUUACUGUAAAGUUUAUUUAACCAUUGGUGCUGUGUAUUUGAAAUAUGAUUGGUUCAUUCGUAGUCACAUGACUUUAAAUAAAUGCAAUGUUUCCCGCUAGGGAAAUAAG